AUGUCCGACCACGAAACCCCUCUCCAGCCGGUCGCAAUCGUCGGCUAUUCUUGUCGAUUGUCAGGGCACGUCACCUCUCCUCAAGAUUUAUGGGAACUGUGCCAUUCAGCCCAAAGUGGCUGGGGCCCGAUUCCAAAAGAGCGCUUCUCCUUUGAAUCGUACCACCAUCCCAAUCCCUCCAAGAAAGGAACAUUCAACCCCUCAGGGGGAUACUUCUUGAACGAGGAUGUUGCUCGCUUCGAUGCCCCAUUCUUUAAUGUUACCGUGCAAGAAGCGAUUUCGAUGGAUCCUCAACAACGAAUGUUACUCGAAUGCUCUUAUGAAGCGUUUGAAAGUGCGGGAUUCCCCAAGGAAGAUCUCACCGGACGCAGUGUUGGUGUAUUUGUGGGUGCAAGUUUCUCCGACUACGAUACCAAUAACAUGCGGGAUCUGGAAACUGUCCCCAUGUUUCACUCAACCGGCUGUGCCAAUGCUUUGCAGUCAAAUCGUCUCUCUUACUAUUUUGAUCUACGCGGUCCCAGCUUUACGGUUGAUACUGCGUGUUCUUCCUCUCUUGUGGCCUUGCAUCAAGCGAUGCAGAGCUUGCGCAAAGGAGAAUCUCAAGAAGCUUUGGUUGGGGGAUGUCACUUGAAUAUCACCCCAGACCUUUUUGUUUCCAUGUCCGCCUCGCAGCUAUUUAAUGAUGAGGGGAAAACAUACUCCCUGGACGAAAGAGCCAAGUCUGGAUACGCUCGCGGUGAGGGUGCCGGUGUGGUUAUCCUGAAGCCUCUUGACGCAGCGAUACGAGAUGGCAAUACCAUUCGAGCAGUGAUUGUCAAUUCAGGUGUCAAUCAGGAUGGGCGAACGCAGGGAAUCACACUGCCGAAUAGCGAGGCCCAGGAGCAAUUGAUCCGGCGGGUGUAUCGCGAAGCUCUUUUGAACCCACAUGACUGUGGGUUCGUAGAGAUGCAUGGAACUGGCACAAAAGCAGGAGAUCCCCUCGAGGCAGCCGGUGUCCACAGAGCACUUGGCCUCGGAGCAGGUCGAAGUCCGACUGAUCCCCUGUAUAUUGGUUCUUCCAAGUCCAAUUUCGGGCAUCUCGAGGGGGCAAGUGGAAUGGUGUCAAUCAUCAAGGCGGCAAUGAUGUUGGAGAAGGGCCAGCUACUCCCCAAUGCAGACUUCCGUGCUCCAAAUCCGGAAAUUCCAAUGAAAGAAUGGAACAUGAUUGUUCCACCAGCUCCGCAACCCUGGCCUUGUGACAAAAAAUAUGUCAGUGUUUCCAACUACGGAUUUGGAGGCACCAAUGCCCACGUUGUCUUGCAAAAAUAUGACAUUCCUAGCAAGGAAUCAGUCUCCAAUCAGGAUCAAAACCCCAAGCGGAAGCUAUUUGUGAUAUCCGCCAACGACAAGGAAUCUCUGCGCACUCGAGUGAGCCAAAUUAGUGCCUACAUUGAUCAGCAUCCCAAUGAUGCUUUUGACAACCUUGCAUACAGUUUGGGCACUAAAAUCUCCAAUUUGUGCUACCGAGUUGGAGUAUCAGCUAGCUCGCCAAGUGAAUUGACGACUCUCUUUUCCCAAUUCAAGGGCUCCGCUUCACGGGUCCGGGGUCCCCCCACUAUUGGAUUUGUGUUUACUGGCCAAGGGGCACAGUGGGCACAGAUGGGGGUUCCUCUCAUUGACGAGUACCCCGUAUUUGCUUCAGCCAUGUACCGCGCCGACCAGUGUCUGCGCGAAUUGGGAGCCCCAUUCUCUCUCCUCGAGAUCCUGCGUGACGAUGCCGAAACUUCUGAGAUCAACUCUCCUCAUUUGAGCCAGCCAGCUUGCAGUGCGCUACAGAUCGCUCUCGUUGAUCUACUCCAGUCCUGGGGUAUUCGGCCUGCCUCGGUGGUGGGUCACAGCUCAGGCGAAAUCGGCGCUGCGUAUGCGGCCGGGGCGUAUGAUUUGGAAACGGCUAUGACACUCGCAUAUUGCCGGGGGGAGAUGACCCAGUUGUUGAAAACUUCCUUCCCAGAUAUCAAGGGCACCAUGAUUGCAAUUGGUGCUGGUGCUGAAACAGUGAAGCUUAUACUGAGCACUCUCACUCGUGGAUAUGCAACUAUUGCCUGCGUGAAUAGUCCGUCCAGUGUCACUGUGUCUGGUGAUGUGUCGGCAAUUGAUGAGUUGGAGACAAUUCUUCAAGACAAGGAUAUGUUCAACCGACGACUGAAAGUUGAUGUGGCCUAUCACUCUGACCACAUGAAGAAUAUUGCUGGCCAAUAUUUGAAAUCGAUUGAGUCUAUCCAGCCUUCUUCCAACUCGGGGGCAACAGUCUUCUACUCCUCGGUUACGGGUGAACUCACGCCGAUUUCCCAUCUGGGCCCCGAUUAUUGGGUCUCGAAUCUCACCUCGCCGGUCUUGUUUCCCAAUGCCCUGGGCAAUAUGGUCGGCGACGAAGCGAUCAGACCGAAUCUCAUCAUCGAAGUGGGGCCUCACUCUGCCCUCAAGGGCCCUAUACUGGAUACCUUGAAGAGCCUGGGGCCUGCACUAUCCACGAUCAGCUACUCCGCCACAAUUCUCCGGAAGUCAGAUCCAGUCAAAAGUCUAUUAGACACUGCUGCAACAUCAAAUGCACUGGGUGCAGCUCUUAACAUGAGCAACGUCAACUUUCCCUCCACCGGUGCCCGAGAAUGUGUCUUCCUAAACGACUUGCCACGGUACCCCUGGCAGCAUGACACUCGCUACUGGCACGAGAGUCGCAUUUCACGACAGCAUCUGGCUAGAGAUGAUAGCAGAAACGAUAUACUAGGUGUCUUGGCGAACUAUUCCAACGAGCUGGAGCCCACCUGGCGCAACAUUGUCCGAUUGGAGGACAUCCCGUGGCUGAGCGAGCACAAAAUGCAGGGAUUAGCUGUUUAUCCCAUGACUGGCUAUCUUUCCAUGGCAAUUGAGGCCGCUAAGCGACGGGCGGUUCAAAAGAAUAUUCAAUUUUCUCAUUACGAACUACGAGAGAUCGUCGUUCGAGCUGCUCUGGUUCUGAACGGUGAAACUGACGUUGAGACCACCAUUACCCUCCGGCCCUUUACCGAAGGCACUCGCGGGUCAUCCGAUGUCUGGGAUGAGUUCCGCAUAUGCUCUUGGACGACGAGCCGAGGGUGGACUGAGCACUGUUCUGGUAUGAUCAGGGUUCGCGCGGCGCCUAAGGAGCAGGCAAUCACGAUUUCGAAUUCUACAGAGAACGAACAGGAGAAUGUCACGGCUCUAAUCAAUGAGAUACGGACUGGUGCCACCUCCAAAAUUGAUUCACAGUAUAUGUACCGCAUUCUCACGGAAUUGGGAGCCGACUAUGGACCACUUUUCCAGGGCAUUGAAAAUUGCAUGGCCAGCCCAAGCUUUUCCUACGGUGACCUGUUCAUUAAAAACACAAAGGCUGUGAUGCCAAAGGAAUUUGAAGCUCCUUUGGUUAUUCAUCCGGCCUUCCUUGAUUGCCUACUGCAAGUCACCUGGCCUGUUCUUGGCAAAGGUGGAAUGGACAUUGAGGCACUGCACAUGCCAACGUCCAUAAAGAGGAUGGUUUUCAGCUGCAAUCAACCAUCCCAGCCAGGCCAGUCUGUCAAGGCCUACGGCAUGAAAUCCGUGGAGAAGGGUCCCAUGAGAUUUGACAUUUUUGCAACUCCAAGCACUUCCAACACUCCACUGAUCACGGUUGAGGGCUUGACGAUGACGCCGAUCAACGAUUCCGGCGUAGAUGAGACCAAGGUAUUUAAGAAGCUGUGCUACAAAUUCCAGAGCCACAAAUUGUCCGAAAUUGAACAAGAAAUUGCCAAAAGUCAUGACGACGGCUAUGUGAACGUUCAGGCCACUGGCAGCACCAUGGACUCUCGAGAUAUUACCCUUACUGAGUUCGGAACGUCCAAUGGACUCGCCCAAAAGCUGAAAGGUGCUCUCAACGAGACAUCUUCAUGGACCCCAUCCGUGACGAGUUUAAAUGGACUCCUCGUGAACAACAAAAAAUACAUCAUCAUCCUGCAAACCGGGUCGCAAUCUUUGCGGGAUCUCACCAGAGUCACUUUUCAAAGUAUCAAACGGAAGCUUCUCGAUGCCUCGAAUAUUCUCUGGGUCUACAGAACCGAUAAUCCCGAUGGACAGAUGGCUGUCGGUCUAAGUCGCACGUUGCGGCAAGAGGCAUUGGCCCAAUUUGCCACUCUUGGUUUGAGUUCUGCCGACUUUACCACCGAUCCUCUGGUGCCCAUUCUAGCUGCAAUGAACGCUCUUUGGCCGUUUGAUGGCACAGCGGGAUGUCGCGAUGCUGAAUUCAUCAGCCAAGGCUCUGAGCUACUUGUCCAGCGUGCCGUGGAGGAUGAUGCAGCCAAUGCUUUCGUUCACACUCAGACCCAUGCUAUGGCCAUUUCCACGCAGCUAUAUAGCCAACCAGGACGACGCUUGAAACUACAGAUUGGAAACCCCGGCGCAUUGGACUCUCUUUACUUUGAGGAUGAUCACAAGGCGGGCCCCUUGAAUGAUGACGAGAUUGAGCUGGAGGUCAAGGCAACCGGUGUCAACUUCAAGGAUAUUGUCGUCUCGAUGGGAGAACUUUCCCAACCAUAUAUUGGCGUCGAGUGCACCGGUAUCGUUUCCUCGGUAGGAGCUGACGUCAAGGACUUGCAGGUUGGCCAACGGGUUAUGGCCAUGACCGAAGGUGCGUAUUCCACGUACGCCCGCUGUCGAAGUACUAGUGCCGCCGUUAUUCCCGAUGAUAUGUCCUUUGAAGUGGCGGCCACCGUCCCCGUGGUAUACUGCACUGCUUACUAUGCCUUGUUUGAUCUGGGAAGACUCACGGCGGGUGAACGAGUUUUGAUACACGCUGGUGCGGGUGGUGUUGGACAGGCCGCUAUUAUGCUAGCGCAGAUGGCAGGUGCAGACGUCUUUGUCACCGUCGGUAGCCUUGGAAAGAAGCAGUUCCUGAUGGAUACAUAUGGUAUUCCUGAUGGCCGAAUCUUUUACAGUCGAGACCAUUCAUUCGCCCGCGGAAUCAAAAGAGCCACCGAAGGUAAGGGCAUAGAUGUUGUGCUCAACUCUCUCGCUGGAGAACUUCUUCGAGAGUCCUGGGAGAUCGUUGCCCCCUUCGGUCGCUUUAUUGAGAUUGGCAAAGCGGAUAUUACGAAGAACACCCGUCUGGACAUGAACCCAUUCGAAUGGAAUAUCACCUUUGCAUCUGUGGACCUGACCAAGGUUGCUGAGUUUAGGCCUCAUUUGAUGAAGCGCCUGCUCAAUGACGUAUGCCGCGAGCUGGCUGACAAAAACACUGUGAAGCCGAUUUCACCAGUGACCACCUUCAGUAUCACCGACAUCGAAAAGGCUUUCCGGACCCUCCAGACUGGAAAAUCCAUGGGCAAGUUGGUAGUUUGUCCUCAGGAUGGCGAUGUUGCAAAGUGCACAAGCGCCAAUCGCGGCUCUCUUUUCCGCCCGGAUGCUUCGUACAUUCUUGUUGGUGGCACCGGAGGUAUUGGCCGAAGUAUCGCAAAAUUCAUGUCGUCCAAGGGGGCGAAAUGUCUCGUACUUGUAUCACGCAGCGCAUCUCUCAAUGAUAACAUUAAGGCUUUGGUAAAAGACGUCGGUGCCAACGGUACCCAAAUCGUUCUCAAGGCAUGCGACAUCUCCAAUCCGGAAUCUGUCAACUCUCUCAUCAAGGAAGACAUCAAGGACCUUCCCCCUGUGCGGGGUGUGAUUCACGGAACUGUGGUGCUACGUGACAUGAUCUUCGAGCGAAUGGCAUUGGAAGACUUCACAGCAGUGACUGCUGGCAAGGUUGAAGGGGCUUGGAAUCUACAUCAUGCACUGGUGGACUGUUCACUGGACUUCUUCGUCGCUAUCUCAUCAGUUGCUGGGGUUAUUGGAGGCCGUGGACAAGGGGCCUACGCUGCUUCCAACGUGUUCCUAGAUGGUUUUAUGGAAUACCGUCGCAGACUGGGUCUGCCAGGUGUAUCAAUCGAUCUGUCCGCCGUGACUGAUGUGGGAUUGAUGACCCAGGCUGAUGCGCAACGGCAAGAGAAUAUUACCAGAAACUAUGGGAGCUCUUCCAUGAAUGAGUCAGAGGUACUGGCUAUGAUCAGUGCUGCCAUUUCGGGUGCCCUCGACUCCUCGUGCUCCGGGCAGUGCAUAAACGGCCUGAGCUUUACCCAAGAGCCAGCCUGGGCUAGCGACGCCAAAUUCGACAUUCUUCGCGAUGAAUUCAAGACCAAUCAACUCAAUGACAGUGGUGGCCAGAGUGUUGUGAUUCCGCUCCGGGAGCAGUUGCAGAGGGCUUCGUCUAGACAGCAGGCGCUUCAGGUGUGUUUCGACGCGCUGGCCACAAAGAUCGCGCAACUGCUUGUUGUUCCGAUCGAAGAGAUGGAUCCCUCCAUCACGGUCUCCGCACUUGGUAUCGACUCGUUGUCAGCACUGGAGAUUCGAAACUGGAUUGGCCGUGAGGCUGGUGCUAAGGUGCAGGUCCUGGAGUUGUUGUCAUGUGGGCCCUUGAUGGCUCUGGCUGAGAUUAUCAUCGCCAAGUCGACGUUUGUUGCCAACAUGUUUUAA